UUUUCUCUCUCUCCCUACAUCAUAAACCCCUUUCUUCUUCUUCUUCUUCUUCUUCUUCUUCUCCUUCUUCUUCCUCGUAAUAAAACUUCUGUUUCAUCUGAGCUUCCUUCUUUCGUUUGAUUUGAGCUUUGGGAGUUUGUUUGUGAUCUCCGUGAUCGGGGUUUCUUUUAUUACUUGCUUUACCUAUUUUUUUCACAAUUCGCAUUUUGUUCUUCUCUGAUUCCAGAGAAGCAGCACAAUAAUCACUAGAGAAUCUCUCUCUCUCUCUCUCUCUCUCUCUCUCUCUCUCUCUCUCUCUCUCUGUAUGCGUCGGUUCUGAGGGUUGAUUCGAUUGUUUUGCGCAAGCAAGUCCACGGUGCGAAUCUCGAGAACAAUACAAUAGACGACUCGUCUUGUUGUUGCUUUGAAAUCAACGACCGUCGGCUCUUUGAAGACGCGGUCAAUCAAGGUUUUAGAGUAUCUUUUUGAUUUUGGUUUGCGUGUGAAUUCCGCAUUUUCAAGAAUUUUGGAAAUUAGUGAAUGCCCUGCCGAGAUAUUUCUCUGAGCCCAGCCGCUUGGGCGUAGAUCUAAUUUAUUUUCAAAUUACAUAAAGAAAAAAAAACUGAGAAAUCAGGUGUAUGACCUCAUCGCCGUCAAUGGAGAACGGAGGCUCAGCCUCCUCUGUAUCAUCUGCUCUUCUUGGUUGUAUGCAAGAAUUCAAACUCUUCGAGACUCAAUCGGAGUUGCUUAAACGGAUACACGAAGGGAACAAGGCCACGGGUGGGCUGAAACUUGUCACUCUUUGUUAUGGAAUUAUUGGGUUCAUUAAGUUUUUGGGACCAUAUUACAUGCUGCUUAUAACUGAAAGAAGAGAGAUAGGUGAAAUUUGUGGUCACGUUAUUUAUGAAGUGUCAAAGAGUGAGAUAAUUGCAUUGCAAAAUUCUAGCGUGCUUACCAACUAUGCAAAUUCGAGAGACGAGAACAGGUACAAGAGACUCCUGUGUAUGGUGGACCUUACAAAAGACUUCUUUUUCAGUUAUUCGUAUAAUGUAAUGCGAAGUUUCCAGAAAAAUAUAUGCGACCAUGAGAGUGGAGGUUCUCUCUAUAAGAAAAUGUUUGUGUGGAACGAAUUCUUGACUCGGGGGACCCGACAUCAUCUUCGGAAUACCCUGUGGACAGUAGCAUUGGUGUAUGGUUUUUUUAAGCAGACAACACUUUCUGAAGCUGGACGGAAUUUCAAACUCACUCUAAUUGCUAGACGUUCCCGCCAUAAUGCUGGAACCAGGUACUUGAAACGAGGAAUAAACGAAAGUGGCAAUGUUGCUAAUGAUGUGGAAACAGAGCAGAUAGUGUCGGAGGACGUUCCUGUAGACCGUCCCAUGCAAAUAAGUUCUGUUGUGCAGAAUCGUGGCUCAAUCCCUCUAUUCUGGUCACAGGAGACCUCAAGGAUGAAAGUUAAGCCUGAUAUAGUAUUGUCAAAAAAGGACCUGAACUAUGAGGCAACUAGACUUCACUUUGAAAACCUUGUGGAGCGAUAUGGAAUCCCCAUCAUUAUUCUGAACUUGAUCAAGACCAAAGAGAGGAAACCCAGGGAGUCGAUUCUCCGGGCAGAGUUUGCUAAUGCAAUUGACUUUAUAAACAAAGAUCUGCCAGAAGAAAAUCGGCUUAAAUUCCUCCACUGGGACCUGCACAAACAUUUUCACAGCAAAACAGAAAAUGUAUUGGCACUUCUUGGAAAAGUAGCUGCCUGUGCUUUGAUGCUGACAGGUUUCUUUUAUCAUCAACUUACACCAGCAAUGAAGCUUGAGGGUUAUAUGAGCUUGUCUUCUUCUGACGCCGAUAUGUCUCCACAUAAUAGUUCUGAUGAUGAUAGUGGGGAAUAUGAUUCCUUAGAGAAGAAUUUUUGCCCAAGAAAGAAUGCUGCAAAUGGCGAUUAUGAUAUCAAGCCUAGCAGGCUCCAGAGGGGAGUGCUAAGGACCAACUGCAUAGAUUGCCUUGAUCGUACAAAUGUUGCCCAAUAUGCAUAUGGUUGGGCUGCUCUAGGGCAACAGCUUCAUGCUUUAGGAAUUAGAGAUGCUCCAACUAUAGAACUUGAUGAUCCUUUGUCUAGUACUUUAAUGGGGUUAUACGAGAUGAUGGGAGACACACUAGCUUAUCAAUAUGGCGGAUCUGCAGCCCACAAUAAGGUUUUUAGUGAGAGGCGAGGCCAGUGGAAAGCAGCAACCCAGUCACAAGAGUUCUUGAGGACUCUGCAACGUUAUUAUAAUAACGCAUAUAUGGAUGCGGAUAAACAAGAUGCCAUUAAUAUAUUUCUUGGUACUUUCCGGCCUGAACAAGGGAGGCAAGCGGUUUGGGAGUUGCGUUCAGGUUCCCACUCUAAUGGACAAAGUGGAGAGAUAAGCAUGGGGGAAGAUGAAAGGUUUCUUGUGAAGAGGUGCUUAUCAGAUGGGAAUAUUCUCCAUGAAAGUCACACUCCGAUGUCCGCAAUGAGUAGAAAGAGUGAAAGCAUAUCACAUAAAGGCUUUGUGUCGUCACACCAAGUGACUCAUAUAAUUUCAGAGUCAUCACCAGAUAUGCCAGCUGCCGGUGAUGUAACAUUAUCGAGGUGUACUCCGUCAAUGCCUAGCACAUAUUUUUUUGGAGAUGCCCAAAAGGUUCAACGUAAUGGUAGUAGCUCCAAUUACUUGUCCGAGCAAGAAGAUAUGUCUAGUGUUUCAAAUUUCGUUGAUAUUGAGUGGCUUUCUUCGUCGGAAAAUCUAUGUGAGAACGAUCAAUUGUCCAGGCCGUCAUUGCUUACAAUAUAUUCAACCGCCGAGACGUCUUCAUCAGAAAAUAUCACUACUGAAGCAAAACAACCGACGCCAGCUAUGAGUGAGAGUGGAUCAAGCAGCAGGAAGGGAAAAGAACCUAUGGGAACCGAACAAUCUGUACACACAAAGAUUCGCGAUGAUUUCCCAGAUAGCUUCAAACAAUGGGUAGCGUACGGGGAAGCAAUCUGCCAUUGAAGCUCUCUCAACCGUCCAUUUCCAACAAGAACAUACUUUGCCUUCACCAUACUUGAGGUCUUCUGAACAUUUGGGUAUUACGGUUCGAACAUGGAGAAGCGACUGGUAGAGAGAUUCGCAGUGCCAUGUAUUCGAGACUUCACGGUGACGACCUGUCAAAAGAGAUUAGAACUAUUAAGAGGAGCAAAUACUAAAAUAGCUGAGAAGUUUGAGUUUGCAGUCUUGCAGAAAGAAAGAGGAAAAAUUCAUGUUUAUGGAGAGAAACUUGUGAGAUAGUCUGAGACUUACUUAUGUUAGGCUCUUUAAUUUUGGUUUGUGGUCGGAUGUAAAUAUCUGUUUGUUUUUAAAUCCAUCUUGUAUAAGCUCUUGUCUGUUCUGAGAAUAAAUCGAUUCUUUAUCA